GAAGGAAAUGAGCUCCUGUUUUGAUUCUUGUGGUCACUUGAUUUUAUGUCUCUAAAUGUUUCAUGGUUCUAAACAUACCUUCGAAAUCAGUUGGUGUGAGAAAGCAUCUAGAAGUUUACGGUUUGCCACUGUCAUUAUGUAAUACGGAAACGCGUUUACUAAGGGUCCGUGUAAUUCGGGCGUUGGAUCUUAUGAAAAAGGAUAUAUUCGGAGCCAGCGACCCGUACUGCAAACUGUGUAUAUAUAAAACCCAGCGUUCAACUCUCCCCUUGUGUUCACCAGUACCAACAAAAACUGUUAAGAGAUCUCUGAACCCGAUUUGGAACGAAGAAUUUAUUUUCAGGGUUAAUCCAUCAGAAAACCGUUUGGUUUUUGAGCUUUAUGACGAAAAUAGAAUUACGAGGGAUGAUUUUUUGGGUGUCGUCACUGUAUUUCUGCCGUAUCUGGAGAUUGGCACGGAGGGAUCUAAUUGUCGGUUGAUGGCAAAGAGCUUUCUACUGCGCCCUAGAAGUUCUCGAUCCCGUGUUCGUGGUAAUCUCCACUUGUAUUUGGCUUACUUACCAAGCCAUUUAAAUCCCCAGAUUACAAGUCUUCGUCAACUUCCUCCCCUUGUUGAAUUGUCAUCUGAACAACAACGUAAUAGUGAAGGUCAAUUAUCCUCAACACCUGUAUCUUCUUCACAUCGUCCUAGUUUACCAGCACAAUCAUCUAGUCCUGGUAUUGCUGAAUUAUCUAACACUAUAAACGAUGAUACUGAUAACCGUGUACAACUUAGUAGAAAUACUUCAAUAGAAUCAGAUACUGUAAGUGUUACUGAGACUGUUGUUGGACCAAUGCUUUCUACGUCACUUGAUGAAAAUUCACUUCCACCAGGUUGGGAUGAACGAGUUGAUCAAAAUGGACGGACAUAUUAUAUGGAUCAUGUUAACAAGCGUACACAAUGGGAUAGACCUUCUUUUCAAUUACCACAUGGAUGGGAGCAACGAACUGAUGCAAAUGGUCGUGUUUAUUAUGUUGAUCAUCAAAAUCAUAGAACUACUUGGUAUCAUCCUUUAUCUGAGGGAUCUCGAUCACAAACAUCACCUCAACAUUCUACUGCUGCUAGUCCUGUUACAUUCAACGAUGCGAUCGAACCAUCAAGCGAGGAAGGAGAACUGGGGAUAGUUAAUGAUGAAGGUGAUGAGACAGAAAGUAAUUUUCACGUUGAAUUUGAUCCACCGAUUUGUCCAACUGAUGAAAAUCAAGAAAAUCAAUCACCUGAUGAACAAUCUGUAUUAAAUGAAAGAAUCACAAAUUCUAGGUCUCAAUUACCUACUGGCGUUGGCGUCAAUGGCAGUGGUGAUGGUAGAUCCUCACGUUCUAAUCCUCGUCAUACACGACGUAGUUUAACAAUAUCCGAGAGAUUACGUGCAAAAGGUAGUAGUGGUAUUACGUCGUCGGUGGCGGGGGUGGCAGCUCGUUCAAAUAAUAAUGUUCAAAACGGCAUCGAUGAUGUACGUGCUGCGCAGACAAUGUAUUUACGACGUAGGCAAGUUAGCUUUGAAGAUACUCUAUCUCAUCUUCCAGUCAGUUUGGAUACCCCUCUGCCACAUGCUUGGAAAUUGAGAAGAAUGGAAUUAUUGAAUUCAAAUUGUCAAUUAAUUCCACCAAGUUCAUCAAAUUCUGACACAAAUACCAUUCAAUUAACAGAUCCGUCUAGUUCAGCAAUAACAAUAACAAAUCCGACCUCACGAAUAGAAUCUUCACCUAAUGAACAAGGUGUAGAUCAUGUAGAUAAAAAUCGUCGAAUUGGUGAAAUUGUUUUAGGCUUAGAUAUUGCUCCAGGUGAAGAACCACUUCCAGAAGGUUGGGAAUUAGCUAGAACUGCAAGUGGUCGAAAAUUUUUCAUUAAUCAUAAUGAACAUACUACCACUUGGGAUGAUCCUAGGGUUAUCCGACCAAAUAAUCAAAUAACCAAUGGUUCUUUAUUAACACAUGAAGCACAACGACAUGUAAUGAAAGAUCUAGGCCCAUUACCGCCUGGUUGGGAAGAACGUGUACAUAGUAAUGGUCGUAUUUUCUACAUUAAUCAUAAUGCUCGAACUACUCAGUGGGAAGAUCCUCGUCUAGAACGUUUAGGCGGUCCAGCUGUUCCUUAUUCAAGAAAUUAUAAACAAAAAUAUGAUUAUUUCCGAUCAAGGUUACGAGCUCCACGUGAUCCACAAGCUAAAUUUGAAUUACGUGUUACACGAGCUGGUAUAUUCGAAGAUUCAUUCCGUCUAAUUUAUGGUAUAAAAAGACCAGAAGUGUUAAUGCAUCGAUUAUGGAUUGAAUUUAUUGGUGAAAAAGGUUUAGAUUAUGGUGGUGUACAACGUGAAUGGUUCUUUUUAUUAUCACGUGAAAUGUUCAAUCCUUAUUAUGGUCUAUUCGAAUAUUCAGCCGCUGAUAAUUAUACACUUCAAAUUAAUCCACUAUCUGGUAUGGCUAAUGAAGAACAUUUAAAAUAUUUUAAAUUUAUUGGACGUGUUGUUGGUAUGGCUGUAUAUCAUGGUAAAUUAGUUGAUGGAUUUUUUAUUAGACCAUUUUAUAAAAUGAUGCUUGGUAAAACAAUUUCAUUAAAAGAUAUGGAAGCUGUUGAUUCAGAAUAUUAUCGUAGUUUAAAAUAUAUAUUAAAAGAAGAUCCUAUAUCAUUAGAUUUAACAAUGUCUGUUGAAGAAGAACAUUUUGGUGAAACAGUUGAAGUUGAUUUAAUUAAAGAUGGUAGAAAUAUACGUGUUACUAAUAGUAAUAAAACACAAUAUAUAGAACGAAUAAUAAAUUGGCGAUUUGUUUCACGUGUUGAAAAACAAAUGUGUGCCUUUUUAGAAGGUUUUAGUGAUUUAAUUCCAUUAGAAGCAUUACAAAUAUUUGAUGCAAAUGAAUUAGAAUUAUUAAUGUGUGGAUUACAAGAUAUUAGUGUAACAGAUUGGAAAGCGAACACUUUAUAUAAGGGUGAAUAUCAUGCUAAUCAUCCAGUCAUUGUAAAUUUAUGGAAGGCUAUAUACACAUUUACAAAUGAAUUAAGAAGUCGUCUACUACAAUUCGUCACUGGGACAUCACGUGUACCUAUGAAUGGUUUUUCAGAAUUAUGGGGUUCAAGUGGACCACAGAAAUUCACUGUUGAGUGUUGGGGUUCUGUGGAUCAGUUGCCUCGUGCUCAUACCUGUUUUAAUCGUUUAGACUUACCCGCCUAUCCAACAUUUGAAGAGUUACGUUGUAAAUUAAUUAUUGCUAUUGAAAAUGCUGAAGGAUUUGAAGGUGUCGAUUGAAUGAUUAUUCUUAUCCUUCUACAUAUACUACUAUUAUUAUUUAAUAAAUUUCAUUUCUUUACUGGUAUUUCUUUUGGUUAUUGUAAAUUCUACAUAACAUAAUGCACAUAAUAAACCAUGCAGCAUUUCCACUUGGAUAAUGCUGUAAUUCACAAACUUUCGAAUACCUACGUUACAUAUAUUUAGACAUCUUUUUUCGGGGGGUGGGAACUACCACUUGGGCAUCGACAUAUGUAUAUAUAUAUGUUUGUGUUCAUGUCCUUCCCCCCCCCCUCCAAGUCAAAUAAAAUACUCCCUAUCACUAAUGGUAACGAAAUCAUGAAAAACAAACUUUAUUGUAUUCACUAUUCAACAAACAAAGUGAAUAAGACAAAAUAUUCAACUCUUCUGAAUAUCAUUGUUGUUUCUAUGAACACACAAAAAAAUUAUGUAAUAUAAGUAAUUUCAUAAUUUAUUUCAAUGGGGUUUAUUGUAUUUUAAAUCAUAUUCACUUUAAUGAUAUUUAGUUAAUAAUUAAUUAAUAGUUCUUUAUUGUAUGUGUGUGUAUGUACACUUACUUACAUCUGUUACCGGGGUUCUUCAUCGAACUCCUAUUCUGCAUAAACUGAUGUAAAAUUGUUCUUUAAUCUUUUCAUUUCUUUUCUUUCAUUAAACCGAUUGACCCUGUGUUGUUGUUGGUGUGGGGGGGUGGUUCAUGUUGUCAUUGUAUAUUUCAAUCGUACUCUUGUUAUAUAUAUAUAUAUAUUUUUUUUCUAGUUAUUAUAUCACUUCAACUUCCGCGAUACCCUUUAAUCAUUUAUUCCCCAUAUUGUUCUCUUCAUGAGGAUGAAGAGAUAUUAGAUUAUGUAAAAUAAUAAUCAAUGUAUAUUGUUGAGUUUAUUUGUUCGCUUGUUUUUUCUCACAGUGAAAAUCGAAUAAUCAAUAUCGCACUAUAGUUAUGUGUAGUUGUUUUCCAAUAUUUAUUUCGCUUCCCCUCCUGUUUACUGUCCCGUUUGGUCUCCGCCCCUCCGUGGACAGAACAUACCAAUGCUUUUUCUUAAAAUCUUCAUUAUUUACAUUGUUUUGACUGAAGCAGACAAGAUCAUCUCUUUCUUAUACAUAUAUAUAUAUAUAUAUAUAUA